GGGAUUUGAGCAUGAUGUGACGUGAGACGUGACAGACUUUCUUGACGUGGUGAAGAGUUCAAUGUUGGUUAGGUGGGCAUAGGUGUUAAUUUUCAAAAAUGAAUUUAUUCUUGGUAAUUAUUUUCCGCUAUAGUUGUAUGUAAUGCCCAAGGGCCAACUUUAGUGUUACUCGAUAAUCAAGUUAUUAAGGAAACCCAUUCAAUAUUCUUCAGAUCAUUGCAAGAAAGAGGCUACACCCUCACCUUUAAAAUUGCCGAUGAUUCGUCUUUACUCUUAUCAAAGUAUGGUGAAUACUUAUACAAGAAUUUGAUCAUAUUUGCCCCUUCAGUAGAGGAGUUCGGCGGCAAUUUAAAUGUAGAAACAAUUACCCAAUUUGUUGAUGAUGGGGGUAAUGUUCUUGUAACUGGAAGUAGCACAACUGGUGAUGUUUUGAGGGAACUGGCCUCUGAGUUUGGAUUUGAGGUUGAUGAAGAUGGAGCAUUUGUAAUUGAUCACCUAAACUAUGAUGUUACUGAUGAAGGUCAGCAUACCAAACUUGUUGUCUCAUCUGAAAAUCUUAUAGAUGCUCCAGUAAUAGUUGGACCAAAAAGAGGAGUGGCUCCUUUAUUGUACCAGGGUACAGGAAUUCUAGUUGACUCUGAAAAUCCCCUUACACAAGAAGCAUCCCCCAAAUCCGGUAAUGAAGAUGUAGCAACUGCAGUUAGUCAGUGGGUAUUUAAAGAACAUGGGCAACUAAGAGUGAGGUCUGUUAAACACCACAAAGCCGGUGAAAAAGAAGCCCCUCAAGACUACACUAUCAUGGAUAAUGUCGUUUACACCAUCGAAAUUGACAUUCUCGAAAAAGGACAAUGGAAACCGUUCACCGCUAACGACAUCCAACUUGAAUUCGUCCGCAUCGAUCCCUUCGUCCGCACCACUCUCGAAAGAAAACCUUCCGGUCAAUAUGAAGCUAGAUUUAAGAUUCCCGACGUGUACGGCGUAUAUCAGUUCAAAGUUGAUUACGAUAGGGUUGGAUAUACUCGGUUGUUCAGUACUACUCAGGUGUCUGUCCGUCCUCUGCAGCACACUCAGUACGAGAGGUUCAUCACCAGCGCUUAUCCAUACUACACGGGUGCGUUUUCUAUGAUGGUGGGAGUUUUUAUUUUCUCGUUUGUGUUCUUGCAUUUAAAGGACGAUGAGAAAAAGUCGAAGAGUGAGUGAAACUCUUUAAUAUUUUGUCUUGUAAAAGACUUAAUUAUUUAAUAAAUAUUAUGAUACUCUUUG